GGACCGACCAGGGUAACGGCGGCUGAUCGAACCCGAGAUCUUGUCCAUCCGUUGUUGGCCGUAUAAACAAUAGGAGGAGAGGUUACGCCGAUCGCCGUCGCCCCUACUCUUCGCCGGCUCCUAACGCUCCUCUUCUCUUCGAUCCAUGGCUUCCCUCGACACGGAUAUCAAUGUGGUUCCGGCCGGCGAGGGGUCUAGCAGCGCUGCUGGGCCGUCAGCGACGGCGUCCUCCUCCUCGAAGAAGCCGAAGAGGUUCGAGAUCAAGAAGUGGAAUGCUGUCGCCCUUUGGGCCUGGGAUAUCGUGGUGGAUAACUGUGCUAUUUGUAGGAACCACAUCAUGGACCUCUGCAUCGAAUGCCAGGCUAACCAGGCUAGUGCGACUAGUGAAGAGUGCACGGUGGCUUGGGGUGUCUGUAAUCAUGCCUUCCAUUUCCAUUGUAUCAGUCGCUGGCUCAAGACUCGUCAAGUUUGUCCUUUGGAUAACAGCGAGUGGGAGUUUCAGAAGUAUGGUCAUUAGAACAGAUGACAGCCUCUGCAGAUGGUUCCUCCAUCAUCUUCGAUCCUGCUUUAGUAACCAUCUUGAAGGAAAUCUCUAUCUGCUAUGUUGCAUUUAUGUGGAUUAUUUUUCUAUGUUUGUUACUGUGGUCAAGUUUGCACUUGGGAUUAACUCGUGCUCAUUGAAAAAUUACUAUAUCAGCUGAACUCAUUGCCCAUUGA